GGAGGGAAAACCGAAAGGAACGUCAACCGGUGACGUUCAGUAAAAAGUACCAAAGUCCUAAAAACUACAUCAUCUAACUGCGGAUUAUUCGAUGGGAAUAUACUACAGUCUGCAAUCUUUGGAUGCAAAUACUCCAGGAAUACACCAACUCCAAGGACCUUGACUUUUUCAGGAAUACUAAUCCCAGGAAUACUGAGCCUCCACACGGACUUUUACAAACUACCACCGCUAACAUCCAGGAGGCUGGAAAGUUUCUGGGAUCCUAACUGUGGAAGCUACUCCCCCCUCCUCCUGGAACAGUAGCUCCAUCAGCCUCCCGGUCCUGGAAAUAUCAGCGCUCCCUAAAUAAAGCCUUAGCAGGAAAUUAAGCAGUUUUUCCGUCUCUGCAGUCUCGGAGGAAACUUCAGAGGGUGUGCGGCCGGUUCCUGGCUGUCAGCUGAGCGUCAGAGGAGUCUCACCUGAGGGGGGUCCAUGUCUCCGACGCUCAGCAUGAGGAGGCUCUGACUGAGGAGGCUGCAGCGGGGAUUUUAAAUAAAGCUGGUUCACACUCGAGGAGGAGGAGGAGGAGGAGGGAGCAUGGGGAAGGAGCAGGACCUGCUGCAGGCGGUGAAGAGUGGAGACCUGCUGUCCACUCAGAAGCUGCUGUCGAAACUGAAGACCAACAGGAACAAGCUGCUGGGCUCCACAAAGAGGCUGAACGUGAACUAUCAGGACUCAGACGGGUUUUCGGCUCUGCAUCACGCCGCUCUCACAGGAACCACGGAGCUGCUGUCCGCUCUGCUCGAGGCUCAGGCCACAGUCGACGUCAAGGACAGCAACGGAAUGCGCCCUCUUCACUACGCCGCCUGGCAGGGGAAGGCUGAGUCGGUGCUGAUGCUGCUUCGAGCUGGAGCUUCGGUGAACGGAGUCUCUCUGGACGGACACAUUCCUCUCCACCUGGCAGCUCAGUAUGGACACUACCAAGUGUCUGAGAUGUUGCUGCAGCAUCAGUCCAACCCGUGUCUGAUCAACAAGGCCAAGAAGACUCCUCUGGACCUGGCCUGUGAGUUUGGGAGAGUCCAGGUGGCCCAGCUGCUGCUGAGCAGUAACAUGGUGGUGGCGCUGUUGGAGGGCGAGAGGAAGGAGCCGACGGACUCGGCUUUCACCACGCCGCUUCACCUCGCUGCACGGAACGGACACAAAGACAUCAUACGGUUGCUGCUGAAGGCUGGCAUCGACAUCAACAAGACCACCAAGUCUGGAACGGCUCUGCACGAAGCUUCUCUGUACGGGAAGACCGAGGUGGUCCGGCUGCUGCUGGAUGCCGGAGUAGACGUCAACAUCAGGAACACCUACAAUCAGACGGCACUGGACAUCGUCAACCAGUUCACCACGUCGCACGCCAGUCGGGACAUCAAACAGCUGCUCCGAGACGCCACGGGGAUUCUCCAGGUCCGAGCUCUGAAGGAUUACUGGAACCUCCAUGAUCCCACAGCGCUCAACAUCAGAGCCGGAGACGUCAUCAUGGUGCUGGAGCAGCACAUGGACGGGCGCUGGAAGGGCCAUAUCCACGACACGCAGAGAGGGACCGACCGGGUCGGCUUCUUCCCUCCGUCCAUUGUGGAGGUCAUCAGCAGACGAAACGGGGGCACCCUGUCCCGGCACGCCUCUCUGCCCACCCAGCGCCAGCAGCUGCACUCCAGAGCCCCCCUCUCCUCCAGCCUCAGCUCCGCCCCCCAGACUGACGACUCCUACACUCUGUACGCUCCCCCCACCCAUGUGGUGCUGCCGCUGGCCAACGACCUGACCACCAGCACAGGUAUGAGUCCGAGCCGCCUGUCUCAGGCUGAGUUUCCCUUUGAGGACAUCUGGGUUCUCAGGGACUCGUGUCAUGCAGGAGACAGAAACAGUGUGGGGAGUACAGGAAGUGUCGGCAGCACGAGGAGCGCCGGCAGUGGACAGAGCACCGAGAGCAACAACGCACCCAAUGGAAUUCAACACAACGCCGUUCACCAUGACAACGCCAACAAGCCGGCUCCCUCUGCUGUUGAUUGUGGACAGUCAGACCUCAACAGACAGCCGGAUCAUCCUGCAGGUGGGACGCCCCGGCGGCAGACGGUGACGGUGCAGAGACCGGCAGAGCAGAGUUUCUCCCAGCAGUUUGUUCGUCCUCAGCAGCUGCUGGAAGGAAAGGAUGCAGAGGCCAUCUAUCAGUGGCUGAGUGAUUUCCAGCUGGAGCAGUACACUGGGAACUUCAUCAAUGCUGGUUAUGAUGUUCCAACCAUCAGCAGGAUGACUCCUGAGGAUCUGACAGCCAUCGGAGUGACAAAACCAGGCCACCGCAAGAAAAUCUCUCUAGAGAUCAACAACCUGAACAUCCCUGAGUGGCUGCCUGAGUACAUCCCAUCUGAUCUCGGUGAGUGGCUCAGCGCCAUCGGUCUACCACAGUACCAGAAGAAACUCUCAGAGAACGGCUACGACUCCAUCAGCAUCGUCAAAGACCUCACAUGGGAGGAUUUGCAGGAGAUCGGCAUCACAAAGCUGGGCCACCAGAAAAAGCUAAUGCUGGCAGUGAAGAAGCUGUGUGACAUCCAGAGGGCGAUCCUUCAGGCGGAAUCAGGACAGGGCACACUGCGACGCAAAGGCCCGGGAGCCCUCCACCUGGUGACCAUUGAACCACCUGACUCCUCAGGUGAAUGCUCCUCUCCUCACACCCCAAAGAUGCUGACCUUCCAGGACAGCGAGCUGAGCAGCGAGCUGCAGACGGCCAUGUCCAGUCACUACGGAGGCUGCGAGGAAGUCUUGGCCAUCAACAACGCAGUGGGAAUGUCUCAAAGCCAGGAGAGUAUCGACACUAGGUCUAGAGGCUCUGGACGCUCCCAGGAGCCUCCUACGGCAUCCAUCACCCCCCACAGUUAUUCUCAGGAGAGCCUGGACGGCAGUCCUGCCAAGGAGAGGAACCACCCUGAGGGCUGGGAUCAGAGGCCUCUGCAGCAGCAGUUGCUGCCGAAGCAGGUGCCUUUGGGGACUGCAACUGUAUUUAAAUACCCCGCCAUCCCAGCCAAGCCCAAACUGUCUGGGUCUUGCAAUUCCUCCCCUCAUGGCUCCCCAGCACUAAAAGGUUUCAGCUAUCUGCAUUCUCACUGUGGCUCAACAGAUCUAAACCCAUCUCAGAGGCCUGUUGACCACACCAUGACCCUGACUCCACCAAAGAAGCGCAACCAGACUAAGACUCGCUAUGCUCUGUCAGACGGGGAGCCCGAUGACGAGGAGGAGGAGGCAGCUUUCCGUUCUGGAAACGUACCAUCCUACGCCACUUUAACACGCAAACCAGGUCGCAGCCAACUGGCUCGAUUGCAGGCAAGCCCAGACAAGAAUGGAAACGUGGGACGCAGUCAGUCCUUCGCAGUGCGUGCUCGGAAAAAAGGCCCCCCUCCUCCGCCGCCGAAGAGGCUCAGCUCAGUGAGCAGCACAACCAGCGGGGAGCUGAGUGACAGCAGCACAACGUCCUCUGUAGGCGGGCUGACGGACAGUCCGGUGAGCGUUCGAAGCAUCGCAGCCUCUAUAGAAGGAAGGACAGAGGUCAAAGACCUUGCAGGAUCCAAACCAGACCUUGUCCAGCAGGAUCCUGCUCCUCAUUCUCUCAGUUCUACUGCUCAGGAACCAAGAGAGACUGGCAGUGUUAGGAGGAGGGUGCAGAGCGAGUGUAUUCCCUCCAAGACUGCCACCAGCUCUGAGCCGGAUCGAGGGGUGAAGUCUGACACAGAGGAAGAAGAAUCAAAAGGCCGUGGACUGGACGGCUCUUCAUCCCCCCAGAACAGUUCCAGUGAGUGCAUCCCCUUCGCUGAAGAAGGCAACUUGACCAUUAAGCAGAGACCCAAAGCUCCUGGUCCACCUAGGGCUGAGGCGGUGCUGGAGCCUCCAGAGAAACAUGAAGCCAAGAACCUGGAAGUACCUGAGUUUAACCUUAAAGAGUCUGACACGGUGAAGCGCCGACACAAACCCAAAGACAAGGACCAGGCAGGAGGUUCUCCGAGUAGAGUGGGAGCGGAGGAAGCAGGGCCCAGCAGACCUCUGUCCAAGAACCAGGAGGAGAUCAAUCUGAGGAUAAAUGAAGCCAGUCUGAUUAGGCCAGGCAGCCCGGCAACGGCAUCCCCCAUCAAACGUCCGCUCUCCCCAAAACCCCCUGCUGUUGCCCCGAAACCUGCUCGGCACAGUCUGCUAGGAGCACAAGGCCCCCUGUCUCCUUCUGUGACCGUCAGCGGGGUUCAAACUGUGGCCUUUGGCUCACCAUCCUCUCCGGGUCACGGAUCCAGAGUGAUGGUCCCUCAGACUCCUCACAGUCCCUCUUUGUCAGCUGGAAGGAGCCAGGUAUAUACGCCGGGUCCAGGUGAGGAGGUUCAGCAGAGGCUGGAUCAGACCAGCACGUCUUUGGAAGCAGCUCUGAUGGCCGUCGAGAGGAAACUGAACCGAGAUGACAGCUCUGAAAGUGUAACGACCUCAGUGAAAUCAGCGGGGACCAUUCUGGACGACAUCGGCAACAUGUUUGACGACCUGGCCGACCAGCUGGACGCCAUGUUGGAAUGAAGACUCUUUAUGAACACUUCAAACUAAAAAACACACCUAAUCUCAGGAAACAGAGAAAGAGACAAAAAAGGAGGGCUGAUGGAGAGAUUCACCGCUUUCUGAACGACACGACAGAGGAAGCGAAGGUCGAACACCAGCACUUAAAUCUCCACUGUGCAGACGGCUGAAUCUGUGUGGACGGAUGGAUUCCUCGUUUUUUGACCUUUCUAUCGCUCGUCUUAUCAAACAUGAACCAAACAAAGACAGGACCAGUGUUAUCGGCCCGCUGUGAGGCAGAUUAUUAUCAUUAUUUACUAAUGUUGUAACAUGAAGUUUUAUCUUUUUGACAUUAGAGAGGGACGAACUCUGACGCCAUUUCCUGUCCAGACGCUGUUCCACUUAGUUAUUCCAGUCAAUGUUAAUCUGAGAGGUGUUUUAUUAAGAAAUUAAUCCUUCGAAUGAAACUUGUCCUUCAGAAACUUACAGAAAAUAUUCACUUUUUUCCAACACUGCAGAUUUUAUUUUGAAAAUCCAGUUAUAAGUGAGUCUUUGGGCCUUAAAGAUUUAAAUACAGGAAAUGUUUAUGGAAGUGGAUGUUGUCACAUUGACAUCACCUGUUGGUUUGCAGGCUGCUUUUUUAAAGCCUCUAUUUUUUAUUUUGUUGUUUUUAAUGAUUAAUGUGACAUUUUAGAUGAUAAAUUAAAGCGUAUGAUAUUUAAAGAAUUAACCAACAACAUGCUGAACUAAACUGCAGAUUAAUUAAGAAUGAAAAUAUGUAUCAGUUUCAGAAAAGUGUGUCAUAUUUCUGAUUUAAAUCCGUUUUUAUAUUAACUGUUGUCCUGAUGCAGGUUUUUCUCAGUGGAACAGAAUCUGGACCGUCAGAGUUCCCCUCGGCUCUCGCGUCUGACCAUUUCAAAUUUUAUCUUUGUAAUAUUUAAAAAAAAUAUCUAUUUUAUACAAAGUGAUCUUAACCAGGUGUAUUUAGUCUCCCGUUGGCACGGCUCGGUUGUGUUUGUGUCGUUGAAACUGUCCAUGGAACUAAAACUAAGUGUCGUCGACAGAAAGGGAAGACGUGAGCAUGUUCAGCUGUGGAUCUCUGUGUGAUAUACAAACUAUUUUUUGAUAUUCAUUUUAGCCAAAUUAGUAUUUAAAUUAGACUUAUCUAAAUAUGUAUAUUGUACACUAGAGGUAUAUACAGGAGCAGAUACUCAACCAAAGUCUUUGUACAGAUAUUUUCACAUUUCCUUUAAAAAAAACAGGAGAAUUGUCCUUUUUCCUGGUGUUGAAUGAAGUGUAUGGAGUUUUGUCAUCCAGCCUGCAGCGUAUGAUGAAAUCAGCAUCUAUAGCAUGAGUAGCUCAAUCUGAACCUGUCUAUGUGUGAAUGAGAGCCUCCUUUUUUAGUUUCUUCAGAAUCUUGUCUCAGGAAAAUCUUGGACUCCUCACACUGGCUCCUCCAUGUCUCACUGCUAAUGGGAGAAAGGAUUUAAAAAGCUAUAUAAACUUUUAUUUAUUAUGGAAGCUCAUAUCUGACACUUAAGAAAAGAAAGAUGUAUUUAAGGUAGAUGAUUAUCGAGGAAAAAUCUUCAAUCAUCAUUAGGAGAAAAGUCCAAAUUAUGAAACACAGUUAAAGUCAUAAUUAUGAAUACAAAGGUCAUAAAAUGAGAAUAAGUCAUAUUUAUUAGAUAAAACAUAGAAAUGAGGAGAUAAAGUGUUGAAAUUAUGAGGUAAAAAAAUCAAAAUUAUGACAUUGAAAUUUCAACCUCUCUUAAUUAUGACUGUCAAUCUUAAAACUUAAACUUUAUCCUAUAAUUUUGACUUGUAUCUUGAAUCUUUUAAUUUUCAAUCUCAGAAUUUAAUUUUUUUUAAUCAUAAAAAUAAAUAUUUCAUAAUUUUGACUGUUAUGACAAUUUUUUUAUUAAAAUUUUCUAAAAUUUUCCAUCUCA